GUAGUUUGUACCUCAUCAGACACUGUAGAGAUGUUUUUCAAGGUUGGUGCAAUCCGCGUGUCUAUGCUGAGCAAAAUAGCUAGCUACUGACCUUUCUUAAAAAUACGGACAAUAUUCUCAUGCGAGUUAUAUUUUUGCCGAGUUAUCUGUAGUAGUGAAGUAAAACGUGUAUUUUCAAUUAACGACACACGUCUUCGUGGCUAUUCCAGCUGUUUCCUAACCGUUUAAACCGACUAACAGCACUGACAGACAGCCGGUAAUCCUAUAUAUUUACUUCGUCCAAAGAUGCUGCAAAUGGAAGGACUUGGGCCAAUUAUGGACCCGGAGGAGAUGAAGAGGAAGAUGCGUCAAGAUGUGCUGUUUUCGGUCAGGAACUUUCUACUGUACGUCGCCCUGCUCAGAGUUACGCCCUAUGUCCUCCAGAAACUGGACUCUAUAUGAACAGCCUCCCUGCUGGUCGCUCUGACAACGUCAAUAACGACAACCGCAACAAAACUGGAUGCAUCAAGUCGGGACCGUUGCCAAGGGCGGCAUGUCAACUACAGGCAGGCACGGGGCUACACUGCAGCCAGGGGGCGCUGUAGCCAUGUCACAAAUCUGCGCAGCUACAGUUCAGCCCCCUCCAGCAUUUUUAUAUUUUAAAUUAAUAUAUAUAUAAAAAUCAGACAUCAUGAUAAUCUACUGUUUUCUCAGCCCCCCCAUGUAUUGGUCAAGCCCCCCCUUUAGCCCCGGGAGGGGAAAAAACCCUGGCCUCCUGUCUGACUACAGUGACCUGUUGGUUUUCAGCCGAUGCUAUGAAGCUGUUCGUAAUGCAUUGCCUAUGACAGUGUGCUGCCAUUGAUUUAGAGCAGUGACACAUCUUUAUUUUUAACAUUUUUUUUUUUAAACUUAAAUAAACAAAUUUUCAAGUGUUUUAGUUAUUGAUUUUAUUUUCUUUACAGACAGCCAGAAGCUCAUCUCAACCUUGACCCCAAACCUGACAUACAGAUGCAUCCAAGUCUGUUGACAUCCUUGCACCUUUCUUAAAUAAUUUUCGCUUAAUUUUUUCAAUCACUACUAAAACCUGAGAAAUGUGUAAAACAUUCUCCACAGCCAUUAAUGGGUUGUCAACAUUGCAUAAACCAUUGUGUGAUGUCCUCCUAACCAGGAACCUUUUCCACUCUUGGGAUGGUUCAACCAGACCUACGACAUAUAAUGUUGGCCGUGCUGCUUUAUUUACUAUGGAGGACAACUCAACUGACUAUAGUUUUAUUGGAAAUCACUGUUAUGUGAGGCUUGUCAACUGUCAUCCCCACCAGUGGCCACUAGAUGGGGCUAAUGUGUCAUAGACAGACAUGGGAAGUGGCCAAAUUAUGUGAAGCCUGGUCAAAACAAGUGAACCAUAACAGUUCAUGGUUUGGGGAGAAGGAAGUGAUGAAGGAGAAAGCGAGAGGAAUGUGGGGAGGGGUGAUGGAGGUGGUGUUUAAAAACGCCUCCAUCUUCUCCCUGUUUUUUGUUUCCAAAAAAUGUGAUGUUUAUUAAUGGGUGCUACAUCAAAAAACUUAGUCAAAGCCCUGUCAAACCUACCAGCAUUCACCUGUCUUGCCUCCAUGGCCUCAAUAACGAGUGCUGUUCUGUCUUAUUCAACACCUCUAUCAAGAUGACUCCCACCAAUUAAAAAAAAGUGAAUGCUUUGCUCCAGACUACACCUAUCUGUUCAACUGGAAAAAAACUGCCAUCGAUACAAAGAUUA